ACCUCCUACGCUACCAGUUCCUCAAACUAAAACGCCUUUCUUUCGCUGAAAAUUAAGUAGCACCUAACACCAGCUGGCGUGUUUGUCGUGCAGUCCCAGUCGCUUCUAGGUGCGUGGCAAUAGUGUGCAAUGUGAACAAAUUUAUUGUUAGUCUGCAAUAUUUCUUAUUAGAAAAAUAUGACGCGCAUAAUACCACGCCCACCUGUAGUCCUGUGGCAUCUGACGAAGUCCGAAGAAAAGAAGACAAGGGGGUAGAGACACAGUGUAAGGGAGAGAGAGAAGGGGGAGGAGUAGCAGCCUGUUUCAAGUCAGGACUUAUCAAAUCUUGAUCCCGAAGCUUUAACCUACCACACUGCAAUCCCUCUAAACUGUUUCUUACUGUGAUAGGUGUAGGAUAACAAGGAUACAGGAUGUUGAACCUGCCCUCUUGAGGUACACUUGUUAACUCAACCAGAGAGACAGCUGCACAAGUGUUGGGUGGCGGUUUCCAUGGCAACACAUCCGCAAGGCAUGCUGGGGCCGAGGAGACUUGGUCCCAGUGUCAGCCUGACCAACAUAUUCAGAACCUGUGCCAAAGAUCCAUCUGAGACCGUAGCCUCCAGACUGAGGCACAUGGCUGACAUCUUUAUCCAGCACUUUGAGGAACCUCAUGAGAAGAGCGGCCUGGGCACAGAGACUGCAGUCCAGUACUGCCGGGAGGCAGAGGCUCUUUACUAUAGUGUGCUGGAGGCCAUCAUUACUGAAGAGAGAAAGAGGCUGCGUGACAAGGAUCUGUCUUGCAUUCUGGGGCAUGACCUGUUCCAGCGUUCCCUGGUAGCCUGCUGUGUGGAGAUGGUUCUGUUCUCUCAUUAUUUCAGGGGUAGCUUCUGUCUGGUCCUCAAGAUCUUCGAGAUUGCGCCCUACGACUUUUACAAGGUCAUAGAGCUGAUGCUGCGCUCCGAGGAGGCCUGGCCACCAGCUGUGCCCAGGCACCUGAAGUGGGUGGAGGAGCAGGUGUUGGAGGAACUGGCCUGGAGCAGACAGUCCCCUCUGUGGGACAGCAUCAGAGCUGUCCAGGGCGCCCUACCCACCUGCCUGGAGGUGACGCCCUCACAACACCUGGGCGAUAGCACAAACGCCCCUAAUGUCCCUCAAAGGACCACGGGUGACAUUGUAACCCGUAGAGACCCAGGUAGAUCAUCAGGGAUCCCUCAAUCUUCUGCUGGUCUCUGUGAUAUGUACAGCUCCCCCCCUGCUGGUUCAAUAAUGACCUCUGACCUUGCCACACCAGUUAUAGAGCCACAGUCGUCCUCUGUCAUGGUUACGGGCCAGAUAGUGGUCACUAUGGCAGCAGCCACUGUCACUACGAACAAUGGACAAAGUGUCACCAUACCUGUCCAAGUGCAUCUAGGGGGGCUGUUUUUAAUGGGACAGCCCACUACCACACAGCAACUGCCCAGUAGUACCACGCAGCCGCCCCAGGCCCAGGGCCUUCACUCGGCCCCAGCCCCCGCCCUAGUUCCAGCCCUAGCCCCAGCCCCAGCCCCAGCUUUAGUCACAAACACAACCAAACAUCAUGGAUUGGGCUCGCUGUCUCUGUUCCUCCGAAAGGUCUACCUCCUCACCAGCAGGCGCUUGCAGAACGUCUGUCCCAAGCUGAAUAUCUCAGACGAGCUGCGACUGAAGAUCUGGACGUGUUUAGAGCAUUCUCUGGUCCACUACUCUGAGCUGAUGAAAGAUCGCCACUUAAACAUUCUCCUCAUGUGCGCCAUCUUUAUCAUGGCCAAGGUUUCCAAAGAAGACAUUUCCUUCAAGCAUAUCAUGCUUGCCAGCUGUGCUGCAUCUGGGGCGUCCUCCAGACUAGAGCAGGGGGAGGAGAGGAGGGCCCUCAUCAACUUCUACAACACCAUCUACAGCACACAUAUGUACAGUUUUGCCGUGCGCUACUCUCCAGAAGCACUGACCAGGGCAGGGGUUGAAACCCCUCCCUAUUCUCCAUUCCCCACCCUGCCAGCGAAAUGUCCUCACAGGCUCCGCCUCCAUCGCUCUUUCUACAUCUCACCCCUCUACGCUGACACCCCCCCCCACUCCCCACCCAGCCACGCCCGCAGGGCACUCUACUUUGUAAACAGGAGUUCCCCAGGGUGUCUGCAUGAGAUCAACAACAUGGUCAAGACUGCCACCAGGAGGCGUCCUAGAGCUGUAGAGGCUGGGGUGGAGGAGGAUGAAGAGGAUGGACGGCCCCCAAUGAGGAGGCCCUGGAGGGGGCCCUCAUCCUUGCAGAGACGACUGGCAGAGCUGGCUGAUGAGCAGGCCCGGAGCAGAGCACAAAGCCACCAUGCCAUUCCACCAACCAUUCCUCAUGUCUGAACCAGAGGGCUCGCUGGUGAGUGCUACUUACUGGAAUGUGGACCCAAACUAGAAAAUAAUUACGAUACAAUAUAUCCCGUUAACCUUUCGAGACAAACUUUUAGCUAAAGUAUAUCAGCGUUAUACACGUUCUAGCACUCCAAAACAUUUUUGUCUUCAAGCAUUAUGAAGAAACGAGGGGUUGUGUUUUCUACGUCUGCCCAUGUCUUGGAACAUCAUCGUAAUUUGAAGUGUACGCUAAUGAAUUUGAUUCUGCAAUUCUGUCUUUCAACCGUACAACUGUUCCUCUGCUUGUAUUUGCACUUACAAGCACUGUCAACUUUUGGUCCCACUUCCCUUAGGGAGACAUGAACUGGCAUUGUUAGGAGCACGUUGGGAAGAUAGUAGCUACUAUAGUGUUAAUCAUGCUUUUUCAAUUAUUGUGUUUUCUUUAGAACGGUUCCAGUGUAUUUGCACUAAAUUAAGACAUUGUUAUUAUAACUUUGGCUUCCAUCUUGCUGUAUUUACGUUUGAAUGAUGUGCCUGUUUUUCUUAAUGGAAAACCUGAUCUUUUGUAGAAUUCUGUAUUACCCAAUCGAAUAGAACAUUUUACAGUCGUAGAAUAAAAAUGCUGACACUUGAACUUGAACUGGUGUAUGCAGUAUAUUGGUACAUUUGUAUCAAC